UCUCUGUUUAUCAAUUUUACUGAAUCCAAAAACCCUAGAAGCUCUCUCUUCUCUCUCGUCGGCAAUGGCAACCACCGGACAAACGGUGCUGCAGUAUGUACCAUCACCGGCAAGCGUGUCGGCUAAAGUUCAUCCGAUUGUUAUAUUCAAUAUCUGCGAUUGUUACGUCAGGCGACCGGACCAAGCCGAGCGCGUUAUCGGCACGCUCCUCGGCUCCGUUUUGCCUGACGGUACCGUCGACAUUCGCAAUUCCUACGCCGUUCCUCACAACGAGUCCUCCGAUCAGGUUGCACUCGAUAUUGAUUAUCAUCAGAACAUGUUGACGUCUCACCAGAAGGUGAAUCCAAAGGAAGUCAUUGUUGGAUGGUUUUCAACUGGCGGAGUCAUUGGUGGCAGUGCUUUGAUCCAUGAGUUCUACUCUAGAGAAGUUAACAAUCCUAUUCAUUUGACUGUUGAUACUGAAUUUAGAACUGGUAAUGCUUCAAUUAAGGCUUUUGUCUCUGUUGGUCUGUCUCUUGGAGACCAACAACUUGCUGCACAAUUUCAAGAAAUUGCACUGUUCCUAUGCAUGGUGGAGGCGGAACAGAUUGGGUUUGAUGUACUUAAGCCAACAAUUGUUCACAAGCUUCCAAAUGAUCUCGAGGGAAUGGAAGCAACCACGGAACGGUUGCUUGCUCUAAUCGACGAUGUGUACAAAUAUGUGGAUAAUGUCGUGGAAGGACGCAGCGCCCCUGAUAAUAAAAUUGGAAGAUUUUUAUCUGAUACAAUAGCAGCUCUUCCCAAACUAUCUCCAAAUGCUUUUGAUAAGCUAGUCAAUGACAAUCUGCAGGACCAACUUCUGUUGCUUUAUUUGUCUAGCAUUACGAGAACACAACUUAGCUUAGCAGAAAAGCUGAAUACUGCUGCCCAGAUCAUUUGAUAGAUAUUCCUUUUGUUUUCUUGAGACACCAUGAUAGUAGCUCUGUUGAUGUAGUAGUUUUUUCCUUUCCAAGAUGUAUGACCUUUGUUUGUGCUGUGCUCUCUUUUACAAGGGAAAUUUUCGUGUAUGAUCUGGAUUUGAGCAUCUCUCUGCUAUUAACUAACUAAUCAUUGUUUGCUUCA